UUCCUGUGAAGUAUAGAAGAAAAUACGGCGCUGUAAGAUAAAGUUAGAAACGUGGUUGUGCAUUGCCUAUAUACAGAACCUUUCCUUACUUGGAGUGUAUCGUCCAUCUCGCAAUGUCGACGGGAACGCCAAGCGACACCGAGGAGCUGAACGACACGGCCGCGGAACUCAUCGAGACCGAUCAGGAGAGCACGACUGCCGACAACGUCGAGACAAGUUCACCGGGCCAAGGUGCAGCCUCUCCCGAGAACCGAGCUCGACGGCGCCGCCGCAAGCGGGCCAGCUGGGGCGAGAAGGACGCCAAGCCGAAACCCGAGCAGAGGAACGCCGCCAACGCUCGGGAGAGAUCCCGAAUGCGGACGAUGAGCAAGGCGUUUGUGACGCUGAAAACCACGUUGCCAUGGGUGCCCCCAGACACCAAGCUUUCCAAACUGGACACAUUACGGCUGGCGGCAUCGUACAUAGCGCACCUCAGACAGGUCCUACAACAGGACAAGGUCGAGAACAACAGUCUGCACCCGGUCAACCUGACAUGGCCGUUUGCUAUCAAUUCCAAAAUGCAGGACAGUCGGGAACUCCAGAGACCGGCAUCCACCGGUUCCACCAGAACUGAGACACUGAGGUAGCAGCUUGUGUGCACACGUCACCAUUUCAUGAACACGAGCUAGUACAAGACUUGAAAUGUUAACGGACAAUGUGACGUUGAGAGCAAGGUUCUCUGGAUUUUUCUGUGGCACUACACGAAGAAACAUUUAUGCAAGUGACCGGUGGAAGUAUACCAAAUAUGCACAUAUUUUAAGUUUUAGUUCCAAGAUCUUGCAAAAUAACUUGUACAGAAUGUUGGCUAUGCACCAUUGGAAAUACCCGAUGCCCACAAUUCAAUCGAGUUUUUUGAUUGCUUGAUAGGUAUAGCAGUGACAAAAAUAUUACAGUGUAACUUUGGAGAUCCUUUGAAGAUCACAAAACGAUCUCAAUGUACUGGGCCAUAAUUUUAAUUAAAAUUUGAAAACAGAUGUGAUACGUUGAAUGUAUAUGUUGCAAAGUGUAUAAUUGUUUGUGCUUUUACGGUUUGUCUAAAAGAUGCAUAUAAUUUUGCAGUAAUGCAUUGUGCUUUAUUGACGUAUAUCGUAUCAACAACAGCAGUUUCCUCGACAAGAUGUUACGUAAAAUUUGUGAUUGCGAAGUUCACAUUGUUGGCUUUGUCAGGCUUGAAAUGUAUCUGUCAUGCAAUGCAGUGUUUAUG